AUGGAGCGGAUGUGCUACAGCGGCUACAGUAGACCACGCUGGGUUCCACACCUGUCCCCUAAGAACAGCAAGAUGAGGCAACGGAAACAUGAAGCCGAAACUCAGUCCUUCCUCUCCCCUAGCUCAGCUGAGAAUCUGCCUCCACAGCACCAUCCACAGCCCAAAAUCAGUGCUCCAGACUCCGCCUCCACAGCUCCACCCCGCUCUCACCCAGCCCAAAACCAGUGCUCCAGACUUCGCCUCCACAGCCCCACCCCGCCCUCACCCAGCCCAAAUCCAGUCCUCCAGACUCCGCCUCCACAGCCCCACCCUUCUCUCACCCAGCCCAAAUCCAGUCCUCCAGACUCCACCUCCACAGCCCCACCCUGCCCUCUUAAGCCCAAAUCCAGUCCUCCAGACUACGCCUCCACAGCCCCACCCUUCUCUCACCCAGCCCAAAUCCAGUCUUCCAGACUCCGCCUCCACAGCCCCACCCUGCCCUCACCCAGCCCAAAUCCAGUCCUCCAGACUCCGCCUCCACAGCCCCACCCUGCCCUCACCCAGCCCAAAUCCAGUCCUCCAGACUCCGCCUCCACAGCCCCACCCUGCCCUCACCCAGCCCAAAUCCAGUCCUCCAGACUCCGCUUCCACAGCCCCACCCCGCCCUCAUCCAGCCCAAAUCCAGCCACAGCGCCAGGCUGA